GAGAAACUGGGCCAGUAGUGUGGACUGGGCUAAACCCCUUUGGGCCACGUUAAGCCCAUGUGGAUCUCGCCCAUACCCAGGUCUAAGGCUUCUCAUAUAAGCUCUAGGGUUUCGCGUUUUGCCUUCUUUGUGCUGCGACAUCUUCUUGCUCCUCAGCUCCUGCUGCGCUGCUCCUGCUCCCCACUCGUGACCAUGGCGGACAAGGCAGUUACCAUCCGAACAAGGAAGUUCAUGACCAACAGGCUUCUCUCCAGGAAGCAGUUCGUCAUUGAUGUUCUACACCCUGGAAGGGCCAAUGUUUCAAAGGCGGAAUUGAAGGAGAAAUUGGCAAGAAUGUAUGAAGUGCGAGACCCUAGUGCAAUUUUUGUAUUCAAGUUCCGAACCCAUUUCGGAGGUGGCAAAUCUACUGGAUUUGGUUUGAUUUAUGAUUCUGUUGAGAAUGCGAAGAAGUACGAACCUAAGUAUAGGCUCAUCAGGAAUGGGCUUGACACGAAGGUGGAGAAGUCUAGGAAGCAGAUGAAGGAAAGGAAGAACAGGGCAAAGAAGAUCCGGGGAGUGAAGAAGACCAAGGCUGGCGAUGCUGCCAAGGGGAAGAAGAAAUGAAAUUUCAGCCACUUGGGGCUAAUUCCUUGCGGCCUAAAUGGAAAUGGGGGGUUUUGUCAGCGGCGUUUUUCUCCUUUUAGUAAUUUGUCAUACCCAUCUUGUGUUUUUCUUUGGAUUUGGUUAUGUCUAAUGAUUUUGUGGGCAGUUAUUUUUGAGUAGAAUAUUUAGGAGAGAAGGUAGCUAUUUCUGUUUGUUGUUAUGGCUGAAUUCUACUAGAAAUGCUUUUUAAAUAUGACGCCUGUUUGAUGA